AUGUUUAGUUUUUUGAGUUUAAAUGGUAUUAAUGUUGAAGAAAUGAAAAAAGGAGAAGUUGCCGAAAUGACGAAGUGGGUGGCGCAGCGCGAGGUCAGCAGCAGCACGGCAGCAGCAGCACGGCAGCAGCAGCAGCAGCACGGCAGCAGCGGGAGGGCAGCAGCAGCAGCAGCAGGGCAGCAGCAGCAGCAGCAGCGCGGCAGCAGCGGGAGGGCAGCAGCAGCAGCAGGGCAGCAGCAACAGCAGCAGCUCGGCAGCAGCAGCAGGAGCAGCAAGACAGCAGCAGCAGCUGAGCAGCCGCAACAGGAGAACAGCAGGAGCAGCAGGACAGCAGCAGCAGCAGGAUAG